CAAAAUUCCCACCUCCUGAGGCACCAGAGGACUCACACAGGAGAGAAACCCUUUGAAUGUCCUAUCUGUGGGAAAAGUUUCAGUGAGAAUUCCUAUUUGGUAACACACCAGAGGACUCACACAGGAGAGAAACCCUUUGAAUGUCCUAUCUGUGGGAAAAGUUUCAGUGAGAAUUCCUAUUUGGUAACACACCAGAGGACUCACACAGGAGAGAAACCCUUUGAAUGUCCUAUCUGUGGGAAAAGUUUCAGUGAGAAUGCCAGCCUGGUAAUACACCAGAGGAUUCAUACAGGAGAAAAACCCUUUGAAUGUCCUGAUUGUGGGAAAUGUUUCACCGGAAAUUCCAACCUCAUGAGACACCAGAGGACUCACACAGGAGAGAAACCUUUUGAAUGUCCAGAUUGUGGGAAAGGCUUCAGUCGAAAUUUCCUUCUCAUGAAUCACCAGAGGACUCACACAGGAGAGAAACCCUUUGAAUGUUCUGACUGUGGAAAAUGUUUUAGUCAGAAUUCCCACCUCAUACGACACCAAAGGACUCACACAGGAGAGAAACCCUUUCAAUGUCCUGAUUGUGGGAAGUGUUUCAUUAGAAAUUCCCACCUCAUGGGACACCAGAGGACUCACACAGGAGAGAAACCCUUUGAAUGUCCUAUUUGUGGGAAAUGUUUUAGUGACAAUUCCAGUCUAGUGACACAUCAGAGGACUCACACAGGAGAAAAACCCUUUGAAUGCUCUGACUGUGGGAAACGUUUUAGUCAGAAUUACCACCUCGUAAGACACCAGAGGAUUCACACAGGAGAGAAACCCUUUCAAUGUCCUGAUUGUGGGAAAUGUUUCAUUAGAAAUUCCCACCUCAUGAGGCACCUGAGGACUCACACCGGAGAGAAACCCUUUGAAUGUCCUAUUUGUGGGAAAUGUUUCAGUGAUAAUUCCAGCCUGGUGACACAUCAGAGGACUCACACAGGAGAGAAACCUUUUGAAUGUUCAGAUUGUGGGGAAAGUUUCAGUCAGAAUUCCAACCUCAUGAUACACCAGAGGACUCACAUAGGAGAGAAAUCUUUGGAAUGUCCUGACUGUGGAAAACGUUUUAGUCGGAAUUCCUACCUGGUAUUGCACCAGUGGACUCACACCAUGGCGAAAACUUUCAAAUGUCCAGUCUGUGGACUUUACUUUAAGCAUAAACCAUCCCUUAUUGCAGACAAGGAAAUUCAUAUGAGUCAAAAGUUGAAGAGUUUAGAGAAGUCUUGAAUUUCAUUUAUGAUUUUCCAUUCACAAAGUGUACAUGAGAAAUUGACUGAAUUCUGGCCUGAUUCUUUUUACUCCAAACUUUUAUCAGGACUAAACUUGUAGGUAGAGAGAAAAGAAAAGUAGAAAAUGGCUAACUGCCAUUUUUUUGUUAUUGGCAGAAUCUUCUGGCUAUUUCCUUUUGCAAAAGUAAUGGAAUUCCUCAAAAUGAAAUUUUGGAUGGUGCUUUCAUAUGUUGAUUAUGGAAUUUCCACAUGUGGAUUUUCAGUCUUCUACUUUGUUUUCGUCCAGAUUUUAACCCCAGAAGUCCCCAACCAGCAUAAAAGUAGUCCUCAAAAUGCAACUAUUAUGAGAUUUGCAAUUAUGGUUCCAUGUUGCAAUGACUGUUAAGUGAGACUGCUUUCCUUAACUACCCAAAUCCCCCUGCUCUCCCUGAAACAAUAAUUGAAUGUGCAAGUCGCUAAACAGAAUACUGACUACCUCAAUGCAGGGGAAAACUCUUAGAAGCCUAGUGCAGUGUCUUGAUGCUUGCCUGCCAUAGGCAUCCCUAGGCCUCCCCCACCCUCCAAGAUGCCUGUGCUCUUGUUUCCUAUCCCUUGUGUCUGCUCAAUCCUUUU